AUGGCUGGGUUUAAGACGAAUUCUACAAUUGCCAGUUGUGGUGGAAAGCUGCUGAAGUUAAACCAUGAGUCGAAGGUGCUCAAGUCGGCUAUGGACGUGAAUGUGUUCCUUCCUCCAGCUGCUGUUGAUGGGAAGAAGAAGGUUCCUGUUCUGUUUUUCCUGUCUGGAUUGACUUGUACCCCUCAGAAUUGCUCAGAGAAGGGCUUUUUCCAGUCUGCUGCUGCCCAGCAUGGAAUUGCUAUUGUGUAUCCCGACACCUCGCCUCGAGGAAGCGACCAUCCUGGGGAGAAUGAUAGCUGGGAUUUUGGGUCUGGAGCCGGUUUUUAUAUCAAUGCUACUGAGAAACCUUGGAGCGACAAUUAUAACAUGUACGACUAUGUUGUGAGUGAGCUCCCCGAGGCUUUGUUCGAGGAGUUCCCUCAACUGGAUGCGGAUAGGGUAUCGAUCACGGGCCAUUCUAUGGGUGGCCAUGGUGCAUUGACUUUGUUCCUCCGAAACCCUGGUAAAUACAAGUCGGUGUCUGCAUUCUCACCCAUUAGCAAUCCUAUCAAUGCUCCCUGGGGUAUCAAGGCCUUUUCUGGCUACUUUGGCGAGCAAAACAAGGCUAAAUGGGCCGAGCACGAUGCAACGGAACUAAUUAAAAAGUACUCUGGUCCUAGUCCUGAAAUUCUUAUUGAUGUCGGUACCGGUGACCAGUUCUAUAAGGACAAGCAAUUGCUACCUGAAAAUCUUGUCGAGGCUGCUAACGACUCUGCUAACUACAAAGGCAAAGUCAACCUCCGUCUGCAGCCCGACUACGACCAUUCUUACUAUUUUAUCUCUUCUUUUGCUAAGGACCACGUCGAGCACGCUGCUAAGUACUUGCUUUAG